UCCCUCAGUCUCCUAGGUGAGGUACCUGUGAGAAGGAAAUGAGAAGGGUUCGGUGCUCGUCACAACCCCAGACAGCAGGCCACAGCAGCAUCCAUGCCCAUGAUUUUCAUCUUCUGCGAGUGUACCAGUGCGUGCAAUAAUUCUCACAUACUGCCUACAUCGCAGAGCCGGCAGCAAAGACAGGGAAGACGGCACGAUGGAAGAAAAAGAAAAUGUCAAGCCCACCGUAACUUGACGUUGAAGAAAGGCGGCGCCAGAACUGCAGUGGAGGGAAACUUGGCGGUCAGCGACUAA